AUGUCUUCCUCACAGCAUCAUCAUCACGAAGUCUUUUCUCCCAUUCCAAUGUACCACAUUCCAACAUCGAGCACUCAGAAAAUACAAUUAAUCCUUCUACUCUUUGGAAUUUUGUUACUUUCUGGAAUGAUUCUCAUUGUGUUAAAUUCUCAUGAUGACGAUUCAACAAAUCAUCAUUCGAUGAUAAUUUCGGAAAUUCAACAUUCUUCAAUAUUCAAUAUUUGGAUGAAGAAAUCAUGGAUGGAAAUUUUGAAUGAAUUCUUUUCAGAUUUUAAUUCAUAUUUUAUUUAUUAUUGGAAUGAAAUUGGAAGGACUUGGGACUAUUGUUUGGAAGACCAUGAUGGAAUGACAUCUGGCAGCAAUCCUGAGGGAUGCUUUUCAAGAGUGCUGAGACCAAAAUUUGCAUAUCGUCGUUCGAAACUCAGUAACAACAACAAACAUGCUCCUUCUUCUUCUCCAUCACCACCAUUCUUCAUUCUCUUCCCAAAAGACAUUCCUUCCAAUUAUCAAAAUGUCACACGAGUUGGAAAAGUUCCUCCAAAAAUUCGAAAUGGUCAUCAUUGUCCAUUUAAUGGCUUUCGAAAACAUACACACUACAUGUUUUCACAAACCAUCCUUCCAACUCUCUGUUAUCAUAACAUUGAAAAUGACCUUUAUUGUGAUUUGACAGAAGUGAAAGAAAAUUUUCGAGAUCGACUUUCUCCACAUGCUUUGAUUGGUUUCAAUAAGAAUCGACGAGUGAGAUCUUGGUUGUUUGCUCAAUGUUGUGACAAUUUCGACUUUCGAUUUAAUUUUAAAAAACUCAUUCAAUUGAAUUCGACAACGUCGAGUUCUUUGAACAUUCUUUUAAAAACAGUUCCAAAACCAAUCUUGGAUCAAAUAUAUAAUUCAAUAUUGAUGGAAGACAUGAUUCGAUAUGAGGAUUUACCAAAUGCUUUAAAUUGGAAUACUUUAAAUAUUCAAGAUUUUUUACAUGAAAAAACGAAAAGAUUACUUGAAAAUCGAUGGCCUGAUAUUUUGUAUCAUCACAGUCGAGUAUUAGCUUCCUUAAAAUUUGGAAUGUGGGCUCAUGCUUUUACUAAAUUUGGAACAUGUGUCACUGGUCAAAUUUAUCAAAAUUAUAUGGAAAAGGCCUUUUCAAAUUUUGGAUCAGCUGAUCCUAGAAAUUCAGACGAAUUCUUAAACAAUAUUCACAAAAGAUUGAAAUUGGAACGUACCUAUCAUUCUGAUCCAGAGCUCUAUUUCGAGUUAAUUAUUUUACUGAACUCUCAAUUGGAUUACUUUAAACGAAAACAUGGAACAUUAUUGAAAGAAUACUUUCCUCCUUCUCUCAAUCAAACUUAUUCCGUGAGAGAAAUCAAACAACGUAUUCAACAACUCUUCCAUCAUGACGUUCUUCUCACAUGUGUUUGGUCCACCAAAUAUUCCCAUCGAUUACUCUAUCAAAUUCACACGUGCAUCCAUGUUCAACAAUUAGAAGAAUUAACCUUUUACCUUAUUGAGAAAAGACAAUUGAAUCAAAAACAUUUAAAACUAUUCCAAGAUCCAACAUUGAAGAAAUUGUUAUCUCAAAUUCAACCACAAAGUUGUUCAAGUAUUGAUCAUGGUAGUAGUGUGAAUGACAAUCGACAAGAUGAAGAAAUGUAUCAUCACAAUGCAACGGAUUUAUGGAAUCAUUGGAGGUAUGGAGACGAACCUACUCUCUUACAUGCUCGAGAAUGUGAAGACGAGAGUCAAGUAUUGAUACCCAAUGGUGAGGAAAUUUUGAAAUUAUUUGUGGAGGAACCUUCGAGUGGAAAAAUUAUCAAAAUUAGUGAAGAACAAUAUGAAACAUUCAGUUCGAGACAGCACGCAGGAGAGGAUUGA